UUCCGUGAAAUGAAUGUCGGUGUCAUUAAAAAUGCAUCAUUUUCAUUACCUGUAUAGAAACAAACUGUGUAAAAACAUCAAAUAAAUGAAAUGAACACAGUCGAAUAACAUGUUCUAUCAACUCAGUGACAUGCACGUUGAAGUUGCAUUUAUUGACGGAUCAUUGGAAAUUACCUACAUUUCUUGAUUAAUUUUCUUCUAAUGAUAUGACAGCAAGCCAGAUGGAAUAAUUUCAAACGGUGCUUAGUACCAGCAUACGAUCUGUACAUGUAUAAGCUUUUUGAUAAUAUUUGGAUAGGUUAGUUUUGGGAUAAAUGCAAAUGGUUCUAUAUAAUUUGAACAGACUUGAGAUAUUUAUAGGCCUAUAACUAUAAGGUUGUUCAGAGCCUUCUAUGGAGAAACGUCACACAAUUGCUUUGAUAUAGCUCAUCCUAUAAAUAAAAGGUCCAAAGUGUGAUAUUUAUCCUGUCCAGUGUUACCUUGGUAUAGUGCACAAUGUGCUUGAUAAUUUGCCAUUCACGUAUCAUAACGUAUGACUUCAAACGCUUUUUCAUUUGUUGGGAGGUGGUUUACUGUUCAUAAUCAUUCUUGUAGUGCAUCAGAGUUAUGAAAUCAUAGAUGUCAGAUGUAUCAGGGACAGGAAAAAUGUGGACCCCAAAUUUAUAGAAUGACCCCUAUCGUAGACCCUAUACUUCAUCCACAAAUUGUUAACAAGAGUAAUUAUCGGGAGUGUUUCAGAAAUCUCCACACAUGUUCCUGGAAUCUUUAAACUGUUUAAAAUAAAAGUAUACCUGAAUAAUGUAAAACAAAAAAAAGAGUUGUGCUCUUUAAUUAUCUGUGUUAUAUUAUGUGCUGCACUGUGGGUGGGUCUGUACGUGAUGGGGUCGAAGUCUGUGUCAUAGGGUAACGGGGGCAGACCUGAAGUGGAAGAAAAUGGCGACUUCCAGCGACGGACAACGUGCAGAUUCCAACAUCAUAGACGAAUUUGCCGAUUAUCGGGAGGAACUGACUGUCACGGGACAUUCUGUUGAUAGGGCCGGUGGGGAAAGGUUGUCCAGCUUUUACGACACGUGGGUGGAACGAUACCACGAGAUGCAUGUUACAUAUGGCUGGCUAGCUCCUCGCAAUUUGGCAGCCCUUGCAUCGGAGUUCAUCACUGAUAAAUCUUCAAGGAUCCUUGAUGCGGCAUCAGGAACAGGGAUGGUUGGACAAGAGUUGAAGAAUCUUGGCUUCACUUGUAUAGACGCUCUGGAUCCUUCCCAGAAAUCAUUGGACCAGUGUAAGGAACAAAAGUCUCACACCGAAUACAUCUGCGACACGUUAGACGAGCACCAGACGAAAAUCCAAGACAAUCAAUACGAUGCCGUGGUGAUAGGUGGAGCUUUUGGUGUACCUGGUCACGUGAGCGAUUCGUGUUUUCCAGAACUUAUCCGCGUUACAAAGCCGGGUGGGUACAUCAUGUUUACGUUAAGCGAUAAAGUGAAAGACGAAUGGGACACGAAGCUGGAAGCGGCCAUUGCGGCGCUCAACAAGCAGGGAAGAUGGGAGGUUGCAGACUCUCGCCGAAUCCAAUACAACUUAAAUGAGGAUGUGGAUGAAAAGGCAACGGUGCCAGUUCUCAGGAUGCAUGUUGCUUGUGGCUAUCUAGCUCCUCGCAAUUUGGCAGCCCUUGCAUCGGAAUUCAUCACUGAUAAAUCUUCAAGGAUCCUUGAUGCAGCAUCGGGAACAGGGAUGGUUGGACAAGAGUUGAAGAAUCUUGGCUUCACUUGUAUAGACGCUCUGGAUCCUUCCCAGAAAUCAUUGGACCAGUGUAAGGAACAAAAGUCUCACACCGAAUACAUCUGCGACACGUUAGACGAGCACCAGACGAAAAUCCAAGACAAUCAAUACGAUGCCGUGGUGAUAGGUGGAGCUUUUGGUGUACCUGGUCACGUGAGCGAUUCGUGUUUUCCAGAACUUAUCCGCGUUACAAAGCCGGGUGGGUACAUCAUGUUUACGUUAAGCGAUAAGGUGAAAGACGAAUGGGACACGAAGCUGGAAGCGGCCAUUGCGGCGCUCAACAAGCAGGGAAGAUGGGAGGUUGCAGACUCUCGCCGAAUCCAGUAUAACUUAAAUGAGGCUGUGGAUGAAAAGGCAACGGUGCCAGUUCUCAGGGUAUUACCAAAAUGAAGAAGGCUCUGAAAAAAACUUGAGAUUCAUUGGUAGUUGAUUUGUUGAUGAAGGUUGCACGACAUUUUUAUGAUUAAGGUCGGAGGGCUUAUUAACGCUAUCAGAAGAUUUUUUAAUUUGGAAGCUGUGUGACUAUUGUUUAAUGGUAUAGUUUUGAUAUGGGUCAUUCCACUGGGUUGGGGUUCAAAGUGUGACACUAUGACCAUAUUAAGAAAAGCAUGAAUGCCUUGCUAGCAGUUGCUCUACAUAAUAUUUGUUGUUGGGUGUUUCAC